AUGCCGUCGACGACGAAGAAGGGUGACCGGCCAAGUGGGGGGCUGUCGAAGGCCUCGCGGACGCUGUCUGCGAACACGCUAAAGGAGCGCCUGUCAAAGCUCGCGGCGACACCGUUGAACGUGCCUAAUCCCGUCGCGGCUGCACUGCAUAAUGUCGAAUUUGUGCCCUCCCAGAUCCCGAGGAAGAGGAGACUGCAAAUGCUCGCGGUCGCGAUGUGGUCGGUUAUGAUUGUAAUUGCGAGCUGCGCGUGGUUGAUGCUAUGUGCCAUCCCGCCGCUGUGGCCGUUCUUGACGCUAUAUUAUAUCUGGGCGCGAUUCAUCGACCGUGCGCCUGAGCGUGGAGGACGGAGCAGUUAUUGGUUUAGGUCGUCGAGGUUUUGGAAGUAUUUCGCGGACUAUUAUCCUGCUUCGUUUCUGAAGGAGGCCGAUCUACCAGCAGAUCGACCAUACGUGUUUGGGUAUCAUCCUCAUGGUAUCAUCGGAAUGGGAGCACUGGCAACAUUUGCCACAGAAGCCACAGGCUUCUCAGCUGCCUUCCCUGGAAUUAAACCCCACCUCCUCACAUUAACGACCAACUUUCAAGUUCCGUUCUACCGGGACCUUAUUCUCGCACUUGGAGUAUGCAGCGUUAGCAAGGAGUCGUGCUCGAAUAUCUUGAAGUCAGGGCCUGGGUCUGCCAUUACGAUCGUCGUGGGUGGUGCAGCGGAGAGUCUGAGUGCGCAUCCCGGUACAGCGGAUUUGACUCUGCGAAAACGAUUGGGCUUCAUCAAGGUCGCCAUCCAACAUGGGGCCGACCUUGUACCUGUGUUCUCGUUUGGCGAAAACGAUAUUUACCAACAAAUGCCCAAUGAGAAAGGAACGACUGUGUAUGCCCUACAGCGCAAGUUCCAGUCAAUAUUCGGGUUUACAUUGCCCCUUUUCCAUGGGAGAGGUCUGCUAAACUAUAAUCUGGGGUUAAUGCCCUAUCGAAGACGAAUUGUCGCCGUCAUUGGAAAGCCCAUACACGUGGACCAAUGCGACAAACCUACGCUAGAAGAGGUUAUCCGCGUACAACAGAAAUAUAUCGAUGAGCUUACACGAAUUUGGAAUACGUACAAAGACGAAUUCGCCAAGGCUCGUCUACGAGAGCUGAAUAUCAUUGAUUAG